AUGCCUGGUAUUACCACGUCCAAGCUAGACAGGCUUGUCCGCUAUAUCCAGGACCGGAACUCUGCUAAGGCCCGGUGGCUACUUGAGCGACUACAGAGGCGAACAGAUGAGCGCCAAGUGUUGGACUAUCGCUACCACACAGACGAAACACUCCUCCAUAUUGCCGCCAAAUAUCAGGACGACGGCGAGCUUACGUCACGUAUCCUACAAAUCGCGCCAAAUCUCAUCCUCAAGGCGCGUUCGUGUGAGCAGUACGCCGGUCAAACAGCAUUUCACAUCGCCAUCACAAAGGGCAACUUGACGGCAUUUAAUCAAAUGUUAAAUGUGGCCGCACGUUCCCCUCAGUCUCUUCGUACAUUACUUAGCACUCGAGCGACUGGAAGGCUGUUUGUUAACACCGUUAUGAUGGGAGAGCUGCCAUUAUUUGUCGCUGUCCUGAAGUUCGACAAGGAUAUGGUAGAUAAACUGUUGGAUAUUGGAGCGAAGCUCUAUCAACAGAAUAGUAAAGGCGACACCAUAUUUCAUUCACUUAUCAAAUACGCCGCCGUGUAUCCUGAUAAAGCAUGCGAGGUUCGGGAGAUGAUGGAAUAUCUUCACGACCGCCUUGUCCAAUUUACCAAAGCGAUCGUUGAGAAACAAGCACAUGCAAAGAAAAAGGUACAAACUGACGAAGAGGAAGAGGAGGAGGAUGAUGAAGAAGAAGAAGAAAAUAAAGAGGACAAUGAAGUGAAGCCAAUCGGAAAUGGAUACCAUCAUGACAUGGCUUCCACUCGGAACUUCCCGCCACUGGACAUGAAAAAGACAAAAGUUGCUUGGGACGCUCCAAAAAAGAAAGAAAAGGAAGGAAAAUGGGAAGAAACAGUUUGCAAUGAAUACACUCAUGUCUGGUUUCUCAAAAAUGACGACUCGCAAACGUCAUUACAGCUGGCAGCGGAGUACGGCAUGGUUACCUUAUUCGAGUUCAUUCUCAACAUUGAGGAUAUAUACUGUGUGUUCAGUGCCGAUGACGGUCUGUUUGAUAUCAAGCUGUACGACAUCACGGAGAUCGACUCCAUAGGUAACACGCAAUCACAGACGAUGUCUGUCGAUGAUGACGAUAUUGACGGACGUGGUUGCUGUAGGGGAAGCAAUGGUUCUAUAACAACGGUCUCCAUCUUGGAAAUGAUGUUUGAUAACAAUUACAAGAGUUCAUCAGCAUUUGAGUUAAUGGAACUUUUACCACUGAAAGUACUUAUUGAGGCAAAAUGGAAUUUGUACAAGAAUACGUACAUUUUUUGGAUGGUGGUUCACUUCUUUCUGAUGAUCGUUCUCAGCGUAUAUGCAGUUGAAAGGACUAGCCUGCAUUUCCCAAAGUUUCCAAGGGCAGCAAACUCUACUGCCACCAAAAACCUCGUCUCGGUUUGGAUAGUAAACGUGUCACAAUGGGUGGAGUUUAUAUUUGGAAUCAUUUAUUUUCUAAUCGGAGUUCUCCUGAUCUUUCCAAAGGUGAAAAGGCCUCAUCGUUCUCGUUACUGGCAACACAACAUCGGCUAUAUAACCAUGGUGCUAAUGUUCGCUGUUUGUCUUUUACUCGACUCCCUCCUGACGUUUGCUCUGGAGGUUCAUGAUGGUGUACCUCUUGUAUUUGCCCUGCUGACGGGUUGGUGGUUCAACGUGUUCUUUUUACGUGGUUGGCAGGUGUUCAGCUUUUUCACAGUCAUGAUACAGCGUGUCAUAUUCGGAGACUUAUUCCGGUUUUCCGUAUUCAUUGGGCUCGAGCUUGUAGCGUUCACAACAUGCAUGCAUACAGUCUACCAAGGCCAAGGUAUUCCGAACGUUGAAGGAAUUUACUCUUCAACGGAAGUGAGCACAUUGUUAGAGUUCGGAUCUACUAUGCUGUCAAUGUUUAAUUUAAUGUUAGGAUUAUCAAAUAUCGGCGGGUUACGCGACGCAAGAGUUCCUUGGUUGUCUAUCAUUCUCUUCAUCGCAUUUGUUCUGCUGACAUACGUCCUCCUGUUGAAUGCUCUCAUUGCUAUGAUGUCUGCGACAUGUGGCACGGUUCUAGAAAAUCGGUACGAACAAUGGAGGAUUCAACAACUAUCUGUCAUAUUGUUCAUAGAAGACCUUCUUUGUUUAUUCUGUAUGAAUAGGAUUUUACGAUGCCCAGCGAAAUCAACAAAGAUGGAAAUAUUCCACCCAUCAAAAAUGACAACGAAAACUCAUAUCCGUUAUUACCUGAAGAUGCAGUCUUUACAAGGAGACUUUGCCUCAGAAGAGGACACUGAAAUUAUUCAGAAGAAAACGCAGGCAGAAAUAGCAAACACCGUCAAUACAGAGCUUCUUCAGUCCAUCAAAAAGGAAAGCAAAUUCAUGGUGCCAAAGAAAGAGGAAAGGAAACCCCAUUCUUGUCUCAAGGGAGACAGAGACCGAUGACUAUUUACUGGCUCCUACAGUUGUCGCGGCCCCAACUGCUUCCAUCGUCCCAAUCUACCACGAGGUUGGCACAACAGAGGCAGUACCUACCGAACGCGACCUGCAAGCGGCACGACAGAUACACAACACCAAGCACGUGUCGAAAACGGCGGGACCAGGACGCGUGGUCUACCAUGAACAUACAGAAUAGAUUGUAUUGCUAUCGCGGUAUCGCUGACGAGUAGUGGUGGAACUGCUUGUGUUUUGUUUAUUUAUUGUUAUUAUUUAUAUUUACAUUAACCUUGAAAUCAUUUUUACUACGACCUUUGCCUAAAAUGAUCUCAGAGAAUACGAGUAUACACACUAGAAAUACUGAUCACGAUACCACUAACUGUAAUGUGAAUAGGCUGAUUUUUACGUUUUUUCAAUCCGUUUUUACAUAACGUUAAGAGAGUAUGUGAGACCUAUUGUCAAAUUACCUAGAUUUUGUGUAAGUUAUUUCUAUCGAUAUAGUUUUAUAGGCAAAACAUAAAAAUACUUUAACUGUAAAUUAACUGAUUGCCAAUGCCGUGUACAUUUUUUCCAUAGUGUUAAUAUUGCUCAACUUCAAUCAGAUUAAUUGAAAUGAUUAAACUGGGACGUAGUUUAAAGUUUGGUUGUUCAGAUAAACAACAGCGGUUUGAGGUCCUGUAAAAUUGACCUAAACUGACAUUCGACAAUUCGCCAAUAAAAGGCACCAGUCAGUAUGUCUCAAGGGGGGGAAUAUACGUAAGAAUUACCACGAAAUAGACAUUGUGUAGAGAGCAGAUUUUAAUUUCAUUUGUCAAUAUCGCAAGCAUUAAAAUGUCUGAAUGAUACUGAAUAGAAAAUUUAUUACCUUGUUGUACAUUUAAAGUUUGAUUUUCACUAUCGUGUCAAGCUAAUUAUAAAAUCAAUUUCUUUACAUUACGUGAUAUGAUAUCUGAAGUUAUUUAAUACGUAAUUGCU